AUGGCGUCUUCCAGACCGAUUGUGCUUCGAUUCGAGAGCCGGAACGGCCAGUUCCGGCUGAACGUCAGCCCCCAGGAACUGUUUCCCUCGCUCCAGGCCAAGAUCCUGGAGAACCUUCCCGAAGAUGUCGAGGCGUCGUCGCUCGUGCUUUCCAACAAGCCUAUAGGGACAGGGGGGGAGGAGAGACAGCUGAGCGAUCUGAAAGGGGUGGCUAUUGAAAGAGUGGGCCUCAGACACGGAGACAAGCUUUUUAUUGGGUAUCAGGAACGAACGUCGCCGACCAACGGACCUUCAAAUGGCCAGCUACCGGAGAGCUCGCGCCGUCUGAAUGGAGCACCCGUGCCUCAAAGCGAAACCGUCACUUUCCGCCCUCAGCAGCCUACAUCCACCCCUACCACCAUCAAGAACCCUUGGGAUGUUAUCCAACAGUCGCCCUUGGAUGACCUGCUGGAUAAAAAGGAUGGCAAGAUCAAGAGGAGCCUUGAUGUGAGAUUUUGCAAGCAUGGGCCCAAGGGUAUGUGCGACUAUUGCAUGCCGCUCGAGCCCUACGAUGCCAAAUAUCUGGCGGAGAAGAAGAUCAAACACCUUUCAUUCCACUCAUACCUAUGCAAACUCAACGCUGCGACAAACAAAUCAGAACUCAAGAGCUCCUUCAUGCCGCCGCUCAACGAGCCCUAUUACCGGGUGAGACCCGACUGUCCGUCUGGGCAUCCGCAGUGGCCGGAAGGGAUUUGCACGAAAUGUCAGCCGAGUGCGAUCAGCCUUCAGCCCCAGGAAUUCCGUAUGGUAGAUCAUGUGGAGUUUGCGACACCAGACCUGAUCAAUUCGUUGCUUGACUUUUGGAGGAAGUCGGGUACCCAGCGCUUGGGUUUCCUAUAUGGCACCUAUGAGGAGUAUACGGAAGUCCCACUCGGAAUCAAGGCAGUUGUGCAUGCGAUCUACGAGCCCCCUCAAGUGAACGAGGUGGAUGGCGUGACGCUUCAUGAGUGGCCAAAUGAGGAGGAGGUGGACGACGUUGCACGCCUGUGCGGUUUGCGCAAAGUUGGGGUCAUAUUUACGGAUCUGCUUGACGCUGGUCGUGGAGACGGAUCUGUUCUUUGCAAACGACACAUCGACUCUUACUACCUUUCAUCUCUGGAGAUUGCAUUUGCCGCCCGCUUACAAGCCCAAAAUCCCAAGGCAACAAAAUGGAGCCGCACGGGCCGCUUUGGUUCGGACUUUGUAACCUGUGUGCUGAGUGGUGACGAGGAUGGCGCUAUCACAGUCAGCUCCUACCAGGCCUCCAUCUCCGCCGUGGAGAUGGUGAGAGCCGAUAUCAUUGAGCCCUCGGCCGAUCCGUCUGUGAUGAUUGUCCAAUCGGAGGAUGAUGAAGACGAGGGGAGCAGAACACGAUAUAUCCCAGAGGUUUUCUACCGGAGAAUCAACGAGUACGGUGUCACUGUUCAGGAGAACGCGAAGCCCAGCUUUCCGGUAGACUAUCUGCUGGUCACUUUAACCCACGGGUUCCCGACUGAGCCAGCGCCACUUUUCGUUGACAGUACAUUCCCCAUCGCGAACCGCGAAAUCAUCGGCGAGAGCCAAGAGCUUCGUUACAUUGCCCAGAAACUGGUCUCUCAUGGUGACCCGGACAAGGCCAUUCGCGGUGUUUCCGACUUCCACCUCCUCUGCUUUCUCCAUGGGCUGUCUACUUUCAACAAGGACGAGGAAGCACUACUCUGCCGCGUUGCAACGUCCCACAGCCCGUCAGAAGGACUACAGCUGGUGAAUACACCUGGAUGGGCCACAUUGGUGACAAUACUUCAGGAGAGCGGUGAGCGCCCCCCCAAGCGCCCCUGGCCACAGGAUUCUCGCCGGCAUUCUCAGCCUCAGAAACGGAAUUUCCCGUCCAGGCCUGAAUCUCCGAAAUCUGAAAGUGAACAGCUUGCUAAGAGGUUUAAGGGAGCUAGCCUAGAAUGA